AUGCGAUGGCGUCUUCCCACAGUCUUCAAAGGCCGCAACCGCCAGACGGGCGAGCUCGUGGCCCUCAAGGAGAUCUACAUCGACUCGGAGGAGGGCACGCCCUCGACGGCGAUCCGCGAGAUCUCGCUCAUGAAGGAGCUGCAGCACGAGAACAUCCUGGCGCUGCACGACGUCAUCCACACCGACAACAAGCUGCUGCUCGUGUCCGAGUUCAUGGACCAGGACCUCAAGAAGUACAUGGACGCGCGCGGCGCGGGCCAGCCGCUGGACCCGGCCGUCGCCAAGUCCUUCUCGCUCCAGCUGCUGCGCGGCAUCGCCUUCUGCCACGCCAAGCGCGUGCUGCACCGCGACCUCAAGCCGCAGAACCUGCUCGUCAACGGCAGGGGCCAGCUCAAGCUCGCCGACUUUGGGCUCGCGCGCGCGUUCGGCAUCCCCGUCAGCACCUUCUCCAACGAGGUCGUGACGCUGUGGUACCGCGCCCCGGACGUGCUGCUCGGCAACCGCGCGUACAGCACCAGCAUCGACGUCUGGUCCACGGCCUGCAUCAUCGCCGAGAUGUUCACCGGCCGGCCCCUGUUCCCGGGGAGCACGGACGACGACCAGCUGCAGCGCAUCUUUCGGCUGCUGGGCACGCCGUCGGAGAGGACCUGGCCAGGCAUCUCGCUGCUGCCGGGCAGCAUCGACAUCGACCCUCCCGCAACUCGCAAACCCAACCGUCCUGUUCAGCCCCUGCAGCUGCGUCCCCUGCCAGCCGACCUCCCACCACGCAGCGGGACACCCCGCCGCCACGUCGACCAGCAAGCUACUGCUCGCGGCCCACCACUUCGACGCGGAGGACACGUACUCGCCGAACUGGCUGAGGACGGCCCGAUCCGACACGCCGCCGGCGGUCGUGAAGUCGCACCACCGCGAGGCGGGCGGGAAGCGGCAGUCGCCGCUGGUGACGAGGCCCUGGAAGAGGCACGACCGGCCCACGAGGCGGUUCUCGUACGAGCGCAGGGCGGAGGAGAGCUCCGAGGGGGUCGGCGCGGGCGUGCCUCGGAAGAGAGAGGUGUAGUCCGAGGCGGACGAGCACGCUGCGCCGUCGGGGCCGGCGGGCGCGGCGGUGGGGAAGAGGAUCUGCUCUGGGGACUCAGAUGUUAUGGGCGUUCUGGCGGCUGCGGAGGCGGUGAGGGCGGCGAAGGAGAGGAUGCCGAAUGGUGA